CAUCGAUCCCCGGUGCUGUUCGAACCGGCCUCCUCGCUGUCAGGAAGGAGCCUGGCCCAUCAACGCCGCGGCAAGCGCCAACCAACCCCGUUCCGUGCCCUCCGGUGAGGAUGGGGCCUUGGAUCCUGCUUCUGGCCCUCCUAUUCCCACCCUGUGUGGUCCUGGCAGCCCGGAACACCACCAUAGGGUGCCAGAAGAUCAGGCCUCCAUUGGAUGGUGGGAUCCGCUACCCUGGCCUCACCCAGGAACAGAUCCGCAGCAUCGAGGUGCUGCCCGUUGCCUACGAGAUCGAGUAUAUCUGCAGGAGCAACCGUGUCAUUGACGGGCCGGGAGUACGAAAGUGCCUGCCGAACGGGACCUGGACCCACAUGGAUCAGCGCAGUAGGUGUGUAUAUAACUGCUCCCGGCUGGCUCUGAACCUGGAGAAUGGGGUGGCCCUGACGAGGGGCGAGGUGAAGACAAGGGGUGACGUGAGGAUCCCGGUGGAGGGGACGCUGGUGGAGUACUACUGCAACGCCGGCUUCAAGCUGGUGGGGCCCACCAGCAGGGUCUGCACCAAGUACGGGAAGUGGAACACCAGCAAGCCCGUCUGCACAGUUGACAAAAAUUGGAACCGGCAGUCGUACAGCAGCAAACGGACCCUAUACAUCGGAGCGCUCUUCCCCAUGAGCGGGGGCUGGCCGGGAGGACAGGCUUGUCUGCCGGCCGCGCAGAUGGCCCUGCGAGAUGUUAACAACCGGUCGGACAUCCUCCGAGACUACGAGCUGCAGCUCAUUCACCACGACAGCAAGUGUGACCCUGGCAAAUCCACCAAGUACCUGUACGAGCUGCUCUACAAUGAGCCCAUGAAGAUCGUGUUGAUGCCGGGCUGCAGUGGUGUCUCAACACUGGUGGCGGAGGCUGCUCGCAUUUGGAACCUGAUUGUGCUCUCAUACGGCUCCAGCUCGCCAGCUCUCUCCAACCGCCAGCGGUUCCCCACUUUCUUCCGAACCCACCCCUCGGCCACCCUCCACAAUCCCACCCGUGUCAAGCUCUUCAAACGGUGGGGCUGGACCAAGAUCGCCACCAUCCAGCAGACUACAGAGGUCUUCACGUCGACUCUGGACGACCUGGAGCAGCGGGUGAAGGAGGCUGGGAUUGAGAUCAGUGUCCGGCAGAGCUUCCUGACGGAUCCGGGCGUGGCAGUGAAAAACCUCAAGAGACAAGAUGCUAGGAUCAUUGUUGGAUUAUUCUACGAAACCGAGGCAAGGAAAGUCUUCUGUGAGGUGUUCAAAGAGAAGCUGUACGGUAAGAAGUAUGUCUGGUUCCUCAUCGGCUGGUACGCCGACAAUUGGUUCAAGAUCCAGGACAACAACAUCAACUGCACGGUGCAGAACAUGACGGAGGCAGUGGAGGGCCACCUCACCACCGAGAUCCUCAUGGUGAAUCCCACCAACAGCAGGGGCAUAUCCAAAAUGACUUCCCAGGAGUUCCUGGAGAAACUGCAGGAGGUGAUCAACAAGUCGCCUGAGGAGACAGGCGGAUACCAGGAGGCACCGCUGGCGUACGAUGCCAUCUGGGCCCUGGCGCUGGCCCUCAACAAGACUGCCCAGGAACUGGAGAAGAAGCAGAUGCGUCUGGAGCAGUUCCACUACCGCAGCCAGAACAGUGAAAUCACCGAGGAGCUGUACAAGGCCAUGAAUUCCUCCUCCUUCGACGGAGUCUCGGGCCACGUGGUGUUCGAUGCCAGCGGCUCCCGAAUGGCAUGGACGAUGAUCGAGCAACUGCAAGAUGGGAAGUAUGUGAAGAUUGGUUACUAUGACAGCACCAACGACAACAUGUCCUACUUCGGCACUGAUCGCUGGUUUGGGGGUGUCCCACCUGCCGACCACACCAAGGUCAUCCCUACAUUCCGGUACCUGUCACAGAAGCUCUUUGUGUCUGUCUCUGUCUUGGCUGGGCUCGGGAUUUUGCUGGGAAUCAUCUGCCUGACCUUCAACAUCUACAACAGUAAUGUGCGGUACAUCCAGAACUCGCAGCCCUACCUGAACAACAUGACAGCAGUGGGUUGCACCUUGGCACUAGCCGCCGUGUUCCCCCUUGGUCUGGAUGGCUACCACAUCCGCAAGUGGCAUUUCCCCCUUGUCUGCCAGGCUCGCCUAUGGCUCCUGGGUCUGGGCUUCAGCCUGGCCUAUGGAAGCAUGUUCACUAAGAUCUGGUGGGUCCACACCGUGUUCACCAAGAAGGUGGAGAAGAAGGAGAAGCGGAAGCACCUGGAGCCCUGGAAGCUGUAUGCCACGGUCAGUGUGCUGCUGGCCAUCGACAUCAUCACCCUGGCCAUCUGGCAGCUGGUCGACCCGCUUCACCGCACCGUUGAGGAGUUCACCAAAGAGGCUCCCGCCGGAGAUCAGGACGUGCUGAUCCUACCACAGCUGGAGCACUGCAGUUCCAAGAAGAUGAACACCUGGCUCGGAAUUGUUUAUGGAUACAAGGGCUUGCUGCUCCUCCUGGGGAUCUUCCUGGCCUACGAGACGAAGAGCGUUUCCACAGAGAAGAUCAACGACCACCGGGCCGUGGGCAUGGCCAUCUACAAUGUGGCCGUGCUCUGUAUGAUCACAGCCCCGGUGACCAUGAUCGUCAGCAGCCAGCAGGAUGCCGCCUUUGCCUUUGCCUCCCUCGCUGUCGUGUUCUCCGUCUACAUCACCCUGGUGGUUCUCUUCGUCCCAAAGAUGCGGAGGCUGAUAACACGAGGAGAGUGGCAGUCCGAGCAGCAGGACACUAUGAAGACGGGCUCGUCGACCAACAAUAACGAUGAGGAGAAGUCACGGCAGCUGGAGAAGGAGAACAGGGAGCUGGAAAAGAUCAUUGCGGAGAAGGAAGAGCGGAUCUCUGAACUGCGGCAGCAGCUCCACGAGCGACAACAGCUGAGGUCGCGGAGACGGCCCUCCGGCGCGGCCAAGGAGACACUCGCCGACAAUCACUACGGCAACUCGGCGGGGACAGUGCCCUCGCUCUACCAGCCCCACAUGCCCCUAGUCAAGUGCCUGGUCUCGUCCGAGCAGGGCAGCAAGCUCGGCAGGAACAACUGCGAGGGUAGCAGGGUCCACCUGCUCUACAAGUGACGGUGGGGCCCGGCGUGGCGGCAGGUCCCGGAAUCAAUGGCGCCCCUCGGCUAGAGGGCCCGGCGAAGCUCAGCACUGGUCAGGAAAUGAUUGGACUAUUCACUAUCUCCCACUCACUCAGAACCGGACCGAGACGUCCAGUCGAACCCUCCCAACACCAGCCACAACCCCAGAGCACGCCCGCGGCUGUGGUCGACUGUUAACAUGCAGGGUUUAAUAAAGUGGAAAUGAGUCCUCGUUUUUUUUUCAUGUUCAAAGCAAAAUUAGGAACCCCGCCCCGUUUACAAUCAUGUGUUAACCUUGCAAUUGAUUUCUAUAACUGAGGAACUAUGUGUUUACGAUGCAACUAACCCAUAAAGCCAGAGGAUUGUCCCCGUUUUACAAAGUUGCUGAUCCACAAUGCUGACCGAGUCUCCCCUUGUUUGCGAAUUAAAUGCCCUGUAAAUCCUAAGGAACCGUCCCUGUGCUUACCCGCUUACUGACCAGUGUACUAGACAAUCUGUGCCUGUGUUUACGAUGUAACUUUUCCGUAAAACCAGAAAAAAUGCCCCAAUGUUUACAGUGUAACUUAUCCAUAAAUUCGGAGGAACUGUCCCUGUGUUUAUGAUAUAACUAAACAUAUAUCCAGAGGAAUAUGUCCUUGUCCUUACUGGCCUGUAUGCCACCUCCAUAUCCAUCCAGUCGCCAGCCUCCGCAGCGUACAGGAGGGCCCCUUUGAACACGCUUCAACCACUCUCGUUUUCCCCUCUGCUGUUGGGAUCAUCGCCCCAUACCCACAUUCUUUCCGAAAUCUCUUGCGAAAUGAUGCGAGGGUGGGAGUGAAAGGUGUUCAGGGUUGAAUCCCUGUCUGUUCCAGGAGUAGCCCUGCCCUUUCUGGGCCGUGUCGGGUCUUUCUGGUGUUGCACCUCUGCCAUUGACUCUGGGGAACGAGAACAGGGACGAUGUUGCCCCCUUGUGGGUUGUGGUUGUAAUUGAAACGUUAACUGUAACUACAUCUGACUUGAGUAUAAAAUUUACCAAGGACUUCACUACCCCAUGUGGGUUGUAGUAGUAAUUGAUACGUUAACUGUAAUUACAUCUGACUUAUGUACAACAUUUAUGAAGGACUUCUCCAGAUUAGCUCGCGGCCGGAUUUAGAGUUACAUUCAGAGAAUCUCCUCAGUUUUAAUGUUACACUGUCAGGGUGACCUUAUAACUUUGGUGCAGACUGAUGCAGUAAAUUUUAUGAAUGAUCUGCCGUCCUCUCCCCAUCAUCCAACUAGGGCAAGAAGAAAGCAAAACCCGCAGAUGUUAGAAAGCCUGAAACAAAGCCAGAAAGGUAGAUAAGCGCCUUCCUCUAGCACCGGACAGUGCCGAGUUCAGCGUGGAGCCCUGGGGCUGCGACACCUCCAGUCGCCGUAGGUUUCAUCUGCAACAGAGGGGUGGCGUCAGGAGACCGGGGUGAGAGUGGGGGUGGAGGUUUACAGCUCAGGUCAUUUCUGAGAAAUGGUUACUUCAUCCUGUGUAAGACCAUAUCGUGAAGGGAACACAGGUGAAUCAGUGCGGUCAAAGACUCACCUCCGAGGGGAGAUUUAAUGAAGAUCCCCCCCCCCCCACCACCGUGUCCCAGCUGGGAGAGGAACCACCCAAAGGAAAUGUAUCGACUCAGCUCUAACAGUCUGGGUGGGUUGUGAAAUGUGGGCAGAGUGGGAGGGGGGGGGCUGCAGAUUGGCACCAACACACCCAACCCGUCGAUUUGAAUUUGGCAAUACACAAGACGAGGGAGGGGGGCAAAAAGCACCCGUUCUCGCCCUUAGUGCCCCCUGUUCCCCCCCCCCAUUGCAGAUCUGCCUAAGCGUUAGAAUGUUACCUGUCCCAUCCGAUUCUCGUUCGCGCCGUCUCGGACCGUACAAGCUACCGGUUGUCAGGGUGGGCCCACCAACCUGGAUCGUUCCGCAUUACAAAGUGAGUGGUGAUUGUUUCCCAUGUUGUAACUCGCACUGACCACUUAGAAUUUGCACUCACAAGAUGCAUGGAUGGUUUCAUUCACUGUAGCCAACAAGGAUGUGUUUAUAA